AUGACCGUGACGACAAGCAAACUACAGCAGCUACCAGAAGAGGUUGUAACACAUCCUCUAGUUCUUCUGAGUAUAGUAGAUCACUAUAAUCGUGUAGCACGUGAUACAAGUAAACGUGUAGUAGGCGUUUUGCUCGGUUCGACUUUUCAUGGCAAGUGUGAUAUUACCAAUUCCUUCGCUGUGCCAUUUGAUGAGGAUCUACGUAAUCCAGGGAUUUGGUAUCUUGAUCAUGAUUUCUUAGAAAGUAUGUAUCAUAUGUUCAAGAAAAUUAAUGCCAAGGAACGUAUUGUGGGCUUCUACAGUUCUGGUCCGAAAAUUCGCAAGGCAGACUUGGAUAUUGAUGAUCUCUUCCGUCGUUAUUGUCCAAAUCCAGUCUUGGUAAUAUGUGACGUACGACCUAAUGUAGAAGGUCUCCCGACUACAGCCUAUGGCUCCAUUGAAGAGGUGGAAGAGGAUGGCAAAGCUAUUAAGCGCGUUUUUAAGCACGUCAAGUCUACGGUUGGAGCUUACGAGGCCGAAGAAGUCGGUGUGGAACAUUUACUGCGUGACAUUAAUGACCCGUCGGUCAGUUCCUUAGCUGGACAAGUCAAGCACAAGAUGACGGCACUUAACGGAUUGAAGGAACGACUGGAGGAGAUGAAGACAUAUUUGGAAAAUGUUGUAGCUGGUCGUCUUCCACCCAAUCACCAGAUCAUUUACAAUAUGCAGACGAUCUUUAAUCUGCUGCCAAAUUUGAACGUGGACGAGCUCGUGCGCUCCAUGUUUACAAAAACAAACGACAUGCAUUUUGUAAUUUACUUGUCUUCGCUGAUCCGCUGUACAAUUGCGCUUCACAACCUCGUAAACAAUAAGAUUAAGUACAAAGAGUCAGAGGAAAUAGGUUUUACGGACAAGAAAGACGAGAAGAAGGAGGCUGGUGCAACCGACAAGGCGGGCAAGGAUAAGACGAGCGAGAAAGCCCCAUAA